AUUUUCUGAAAGUCGAACGUGAUUGUGUUACGACUAACAGCGGACGUUUUUACAAAAAAAAUUAAUAGAGAUGAGAUUAACAUCGAUAUUUCGUAAUGCGAGACAGCCACAGAAUGAAAAGAAAGUGCCUUUUAAGGAGAUUUUGCCAUUAAAAUUGAAGAGUUCUGUGAGUGGAAAAAAUCAGAGAAUAACAGAAAAGGGAUGUUUAUUAGAAAUGUCCAUUCUUUUGACGUGUCUCGAAGAAAAUGAGUUUGAAGAUAAAAAAUGUAUUCCACAAUUAAAAGCAUUAAAUCAAUGCUACCAAGUUUACACAAGUAGUAUGGAAUGUAUGCAUUCUUUAAAGGAUCAAAUUGUGCCUGUAUCUAACAGUAAGAACUUGACGCAUAAUCAGAUUACAUAUCUUCUACGAAGAUAUCCUACAGUAUAGUUUUUUUUUCUGUAA